AUGAUUCAAAAAGCAAAUCACUUCUCGUAAAACUGUAAAAUAUAUAAAGCAUACCUAAGGGUGAUUUGCAAGGUUUAAAAUGAAAAUUAUUUUCCCUUUUUAAGCUAAAAUAAUGAAACAUUUUUUAACUAAAAAGGUAUGCAAUAAAAAGAUGAAAGUAACGAUCUCAUGAAGUUAAACUUAUAAGACAUGAUUAAAAAAUUUAGUAGUGAAUCUAACGAAGAAGACUAAACAAAAUAAAAGACAGAAGUCCUAAUUUAACUAGAGAGUUAGUUUAACGCUCAGCAAAAGUACAAAAAUUUAUCAUCAUUAAGUAUUCCUAUCAAUAAUUUUGAAGAAAUCAAUAAAGAGCAAGUCCAAAAGCUUGAUACUAUCUAAACAGAGACUAAUCAAAAUAACUCUAAGUAAGAAAAUACAACAACAAUACAAAAAAAAUAAAAACUAAGAGAGAGGAUCUUCACUUUGAAUUUGUUCGAAUCUGCUUCAACAUUCUCUGAUGAGGGAUACUUUAAGUAAGACAAAGAAUCAAAUAUUGAAGAGUAAUAUAAUAGAGUCAAAGCAGACAUCACACAGUAUAAAAGCUACUUUAUUAAAUUUAGGUGGAAAUAUUUAUUCGAAUUCUCAUUUUAUCAUUUUCUUUUCUUCGUAGUAUGUGGGCCUCUGUCAGUAUUUAUCAUCAAAUUAUUUGGUAAAAGCCUACCAAACAAUCUCAUAUUCACUCUAAGAAGUUAGCCUUAAUUUUAUCAAAUUGUAUUCUUCGUUUUUACAUUUUGCGCCUAUACUUUUUAUUAUGUCUUUGAUUGUCCAAACAUCUACUUUCAAUCAGAAGUAAUGUUAGAAAUAGCAGUGAUAUUAAUUCGUUGUAUUUCGAUUGCAAUAAAAUAUGCUACUUUUGAUCCUGUUAAGAUUAGAGUGAUAAAAAAUGAAAAUCUUACUCUAAAAGAAAUCUUUUCAGAUUUCUACUUAGUUGAUUGGGCAAAUUAAACUGAUAAGAUUAUUCAUAAUGAAACUUAUUUUGGACUCAGAGUUUAUGAUAUAGAUCCAAGUAUGUUUUUUUUAGAAUUUAUAGGAGAAACUGAUAGCGAAACUUUGAAAAAUGCCUCAUAAUAUUUAGCUGAUUUAGAAGUAUAUCAUACUUCUAGUAAGAAUUAAUUCGUACCAGAAAAUAAUACGAUUACAGUCCCUGGAUAAGUGAGUAUAUAUGGAUAUUCUAUUAUGAAAGAGUUUUCUAUUUAAUUUAAAAAAGAAAACGAAUUUAUCUUCAAAUAUGCCUAUUAUUUUUCUUAAGGAUUUGCAAUUUACAAAGCUACUCUUCCAAUUAUAUUUAGAUUUAUUGAAGGUAAAUAUCCUUAAAAUUACUAUUGGUAUGAGUAUAUAAUUAUGUUUGGAGUGGCUUGGAACACUAGGUAAAUAUAUUUCUACACUGUGCUUUAACUAAUAUAUGGCUUUUUAGAUAUCAAAAGAAAGCUUUUUCAACAAGAAUAAUUAGCUUUUAUGAUUGCUCCAAGAAAAAUCAGGAAUAUAGAUCACUUUAAAAUAUUCCCCACAAUCAACAUUUUUAAAAUUAGCACUUUGAAAGCAUGGCAAUAUGUAAGAUAAGUAUGCUUAGAGUAUGGAAGAAGCUAUUACGUUAGAGUUUAAGCUGUCUUUGGUUUAUUAUUUAUUGUUAUGCUUAUAUUUAUCACUAUGCUCGGUUUAGCUAUUUUUAAAAUAACAAAGCUAGAAGUUUGUUUUAUAACCAUCAUAAUAUCUGACACAAGUUUCUUAUUUAUUAUUAUUUUAAUGUUAUGCUAUUAUUGCUGUAAAGUAAACUAAUCCUUUUUAGUGCAUGAAAAUAUUUUGAAAGGAAAUAAAUCUAUUAUCAGUGACAUCUAUAGAAAUAGGCAUAAAUAUUUCUCUGAUUCUCUGAAAAGCUAAAACUUUAUAUAUAAUGUUGGAAUCUAAAAAAUAAAAUAAGAAACCAUUUACUUUUACUAAUAAGACCCAAGCCUAUAUACUUUAGAACUUCUGAGAGAUUAUGAUGACUAAAUUGAAGAUUUGCAGUAUGAUUUCUAAAAUAAUCCAAUUAAAAUUUUAGGAAUAAAAAUUACUUUUGGGUUAAUAUAAUCAGUUACAAUCACACUUUUUAGUAUUUUAGUAACAUUUGUAGCUAGUUUCUUAAAGUAGCGAACUAAAGAUUGA